ACUGUCUAUGGUCAAUUCCAGGUUUCUGGGAAAUGUCGUCUUAUUGUUCAACAGACAGAUACACUGCUGUGGUGACAAACGUGUUCGGGGACGCUGUGAAAUGACUCUGUUAUGAUGUUUUUCAGAGUCCUGUUCGUUCUAGUCGUCGUACAAGUCGCAGCAGAGCUGGCCCCACCGGAGAACCUGACCCUGAUCACCCUGAACACCAACUACACCCUGAGCUGGGAUUGGGACCAGAGUUUUGCAGAGGGACACGCUGUCAACUUCACCACACAAUAUGUGGCGAAGUUCAAGCUAAAGUCUAAGAGAAAGAGUCCAGUGUGGGAAACGGCAUGUGAGAAGACGUCACAUAGGUCAUGUGACCUUACAAAGUUCAACCUGUACUACCUGGGCAUUUACGUGCUUCGUGUACAAGCCAGUGUGAACGGGCGUGUCUCCGACUGGAUGAUGAAGGAAUUCUGCCCUGAUGAAGAUGCUGCUGUGGGUCCUCCAUCCAGAGUGGAUCUUUCUCCUGCUGGAAGUGGCCUGGACAUUAUCAUCUCUGACCCUCUGACCAGCACCAACAGCUCCAUGAAGGACCAUAUCCCAGACCUGAACUACCACAUCCUCUACUGGGAACGCUCCGUAGACCCACAGGCCUUAGAACCCCAGACGUUGGCUAGCAAGGCCACCGUGGUGACUCUGUCGGACCUGAAGGCCUGGACCUGGUACUGUGUGAGCGUCCAGUCACGCUACGACUUCUUCAACAAGAAGAGCAGCUUCACCUCACCCCACUGCAUGCAGACCGAAGGUGCCAUUCCGUGGUGGCAGAUCUUUGGCUACUUCCUGCUCUUUCUGGUGAUCUGCUUCUUGUUGGUGCCAGUCAGCUCCUUUUGGUUCUUCAAGACUGUUAAGGCGACGUUUUACCCCUCCAACCAGCUGCCGCCACACUUCCAGUAUCUUUGUGACUCAUCUGAGUCUGACAUUCCUCGCCUCCUCACCCCGGAUUCCGACUCGGAGCUGUUGUGUGAUAAGUUGACCGUCUGUCCAAAACCACCGGUCCUGGAAAUCCACAUCCCUCCCCCUGAGGCCCUGCCGGUGCCCCCGUCAGACAGCAGUGGCAGACACAGUCGCCAGGGCAGCGGCGGCAGCGGAGACUCAGGAGUGUACUCCACAGGGUGCAGCUCGGGCCUGAGGCAGCCCGACAGCAUUCAGUCGUCCUCGGGGGACGAAGACUCCGGGCAGGGUUUCCUUGACUUGGAGCAGGUGAAGAUGAAGGACAUGGCUCCAGGGCUCAAGACUCGACUUCUGAUCACCGACGAGGGCGUUGUUGACAUGUGUGUAUGAAGGCAAGG